AUGGUCUCUUCUCAGUCUCCCCUGGCCCUCGAUGGCCAGCUCGCCCACGCUGGAUGGGCCAGCUGGCUCUCCAACCGCGGCAUCCUCAAGCUCAAUGCCAUCCUCUGCCUGUCUCUCAUCUCGAGUUAUGCAACUGGUUACGAUGGCUCCAUGAUGAACGGCCUCCAGAGUCUUGACACCUGGAAUGCCGCCUUUGGCUUCCCAGAUGCUGAUGACCUCGCCAUUCUCAAUGCCAUUCAAAACAUUGGCCAGCUAGCGGCUCUGCCCUUCUGCGCCAUGUUCUGUGACAAGUUUGGCCGCCGCCCGGCCCUCGUCACCGGUGCCGCCAUCAUGCUGCUCGGCGCUGGGCUCCAGGGUGGCGCCCACAGCACGGGCAUGUUCAUCGGGGCCCGCGGUGUGCUUGGUUUCGGCCUGGCUCUCAACAUCACCGCUGCACCUCUCCUGCUGAUGGAGUCGGCCUUUCCGUCCCAGCGCGCGCCGAUGGUCUCCAUCUACAACACCCUCUGGGGUCUUGGCGCCCUGAGCGCUGCCUGGAUCACCUAUGGCACCUUCCGACUUGGCAACGACUGGGCGUGGCGCAUCCCCUCGAUCCUCCAGGCCCUGUCCAGUAUCUUGCAGAUGGGCUUGUGCUGGCUCAUCGACGAGUCUCCCCGCUGGCUCAUUGCCCAGGAUCGCGAUGCGGAGGCCGAGGCCCUGCUCGUCAAGUACCACGCCAACGGCGACGCCAGCAGCCCGCUCGUGUUGGUGGAGAUGGAGGAGAUCCGCACUGCCAUUCGCCUGGAGAACGAGGCUGCCCGCAGCACGAGCUACCUGUCUUUCUUCCAGACUGUCGGCAACCGCCGUCGCUUCUUCAUCAUCCUGGCCGUCGGUUUCUUCAGCCAGUGGAGUGGCAACGGUCUCAUCAGCUACUACCUCACCCUGAUCCUCAACUCGAUUGGCUACCGCGACCAGGAGACGCAGACGCUCAUCAACGCCCUGCUCACCGUGUGGGGCCUGUUCUGGGGUAUGGUCUUCUCGCUGGUCGUCAACCGCAUCCCUCGGCGUACCAUGUUCCUCGGCUCCACACUCGGCUCGCUCGCCACGUACAUUGUUUGGACCGCCCUCGAGGCGACCUACGAGAUGUCGACUGACCUCAACGAGGACGGCACUGGCGGCCCCAGCGGCGUGGCCAAGGGUGUUCUUGCCAUGAUCUUCCUCUUCAACUUCUUCUUCACGGCUGGUUGGGGUACCCUCCAGGUCACCUACGUUGUUGAGAUCCUGCCCUUCAACCUGCGUGCCCGCGGCCUUGUACUGUAUAAUCUGUUUGUUGCCUGCGCGCUCAUCUUCAACCAGUAUGCCAACCCGAUCGGUGUCACCAACUCUGGCUGGAAGUACUACAUUACAUAUGACGUGUGGUUGGCCGUGGAGGCUGUUGUCGUCUACUUCCUGUUCGUCGAGACCGGCAACCUGAGCCUGGAGGAGACAGCCAUGGCAUUGGACGGAAAGGAGGCUUCCGACCAGCUUGUAGGCGAGGUCCUUGCCAAGACCGACAAAGCCGCCGAGGUUGUGCAGAGCGGCGAGGUCCACGAGACCAAGGCUUAG